CAAGGAAUGUCAAAGACCAGUUAAUUUUUUACAGAAUCGAAAACAAUUAGUAGAAUACCUUCAAGAUGACCAUACGCAAAUUUAUCCGAAAGUUAUGUCUGAUGAACUGGAAAAACUGGAAGGUGCAGAUGGGGAAUCCACUGCAACUGGUGUUCAUCCUACUGUGCCCACCGAUGUUCAUCUGUGUCGCAGUGGGGAUGAGGCUCAUCAUUCCGAUGAGAAUACGCUCAGACAAGGUCUACGACGCCAUCGAUUUGCAGAGAUGUUGGUUGGAGAUGGUGGAAAAGCUUGAAAAUGGGAGAAAGGUGGCCAAUAUCCACAACAUUACGAGAAAUCCGUGGACACCCAAUCUGGUCAUCGGGUGGGCACCGCAAGAUUUCGAACUCUUCAGGGAGAUAAUGGCCAAUGCAGAGGAGCGAUUCGAUCCAAUGAAAGUGAUCGCUUUUAAUGACUGUAAUGAGUUGCGCCAGAAGAUGGUAAGCGACUCCAUGUUCGCAGGCAUCUGCAUCAAUAGGAACAACUUUAAGAAAAAAUUCAAGUCCUCCAGCGAGAUGGAGAUCAAGCCACACUUCAGCUACUCCAUCAUCAUGCCCAGCGAGCUGAGGCAGCUAAACCGUGACUUUCGUCGUAGCAAUUGGUACACCUUAUAUCCGGAUGAUCCGCAAACUAUCGUUCUUCAGCGCCUCAACCAUCCGUAUGAUGGCGGAUUUGUGGGCUAUGUUCGCGAGGGAUUCAUCCUUAUACAGAAGUUUGUCUCGGAGUCAUUCCUCAAUCUUAUCAGUCGUAAGACCGUGCCAGAAAUUGUGUUACGCCGCUUUCCGGUUUUGGGGUCAAGAGAGGAUCCGCUGAUGGACGAUCUGGAUAACGGUCUGUCACUUCUCAUCCUGGUUGGCUAUCUAUUUCCCUCGCUGAUCUUCAUUUGGCAAAUAGUAAAUGAGAAGCACAAUGAAAUGCGAUUAUUCUUCGUCAAUAUGGGCAUUGGAAAUGUGUUUCAAUUUUUUUCUUGGUACCUCACGUGCUUUGUGUGUUUCAUAUUAAGCAGCGUUAUCAUCGUUAUCCUUUUGAAGGUGCCCUGGAACCUAAAUGAUGCGGUACUGACGCAAACGCCCUGGUACGUCCUAUUAUUGGUGGUAGCUUUCUAUUGCACAGUUGUGGCUUCCUUCGUGGUCAUGAUGGCAUCAUUCUUCAAUGAUCCCCACACUGCCGUGCGAGUGGCCACGUUAGUAUGGGUUGCCUUCCAUAUGCCCAAUUUUGUGCUUUGGAAUAACAUGACGACGACGGCUUGGGUAUUCCGAUACAUUUCCUACCUUAUCCCCAAUGUAGUGCUAAACGCCAUGUUCGAAUGCAUAACCGAUCGGGAGACGAUCAUACACAGCAUGCAUCUUAGCUUUAGUUACAAUUUCAGCUAUCGCAACUGUCAGCUAUCGGUGUAUACUGGCAUUUGGAUAUUUUUGGUCACUAGCUUGAUUUAUUGCAUCAUCGGCCUCUAUAUGGACAUAUGGCGCAUGGGCGAUCGCUCGGCGAAGAGAGUCAAUAGGGAGGAGGCCAGGGCGAACAGUAUGCCCGAUGAGCCCUAUCACGAUUGGGCAAAAAACGACACCAAUCAUGGGCGGGGAAUGGACGUUAAUUCCACAAAAAUCUAUGAGGUUGAGCCAUCAAACCGCCGCUUCAAACUGAAGAUCAAGAAGCUGUGUAAACGCUUUGGCGCGAAGGAUCGGCCGGUCUUGAAUCUCUUCACAUGGAAUGUGUAUGAGAACGAGGUGACCGUUCUGAUGGGUCACAAUGGGUGUGGCAAGACCACACUCUUCAAAAUACUGGCCGGUCUAAUAGAACCCAGCCGUGGUAGUAUCACCGUCGGCAACCACGAUAUGCUGACAGAGAGAAAGGCGGCUUGUAUGGAGGUGGGCCUCGCUCUCGGUACCAAAAUGCUGAUCCAUGACCUGACCGUCCUCGAUCACUUGCGUUUUAUGUGCCGGGUAAAGGGCAUGCAUAGGGCACCGGAUAUAGACGGACAUGUUAGCUACUUCAUGCAUGCCCUGCGAAUCGAUCAUCUGAAGGACAAGCGCCUGAAGAAACUUAUGCCCCACCAUUUGGUUCUGGUCAGCAUUUGUUGUGCCUUUGUGGGUAAUAGCAGCAUUAUCCUGAUAGAUGACAUAUAUUCGGAUCUGGACACCCCCACGAAGGCACUGAUCUGGGCCCUGAUCAAUGAGGAGAAGUCGCAUCGCACCAUUAUUGUCGUGGUCAAUACGACGAUGCUCGCCGAGAGUAUUUCAGAUCGACUGGCAAUUAUGUCGAACGGUGAACUGAAGUGUACCGGCACUAAGCCUUUUCUGAAGAAUAUGUACGGACAUGGAUUCCGAUUGGUUUGCUCAAAGGGCAGGAACUGCAACGUUCCAGCGCUGAUUGAAUUGAUGAACAGCCAUUUGCCCAACAUGACUAUCGAGUCUAACUACGGCUUUAAGGUCAACUUCGUUUUGGAGAACAAGGAUGAGGAUUACUUCCCGGCGUUGAUCGACGAUUUGGAGGAGCACAUGGAGCGCCUGGAUGUGAUCAGUUUUCGUAUAAGGGACACCUCCACGGAGGAGAUCUUUUUACGCUUCGGAUGCGAUGAAGAGGACCAGAUGGGUGGAACCCUUGGCUAUCAGGACAAUCCGAAUGUCCUCAUCAAUAAGUACUUUGCUACCUUAGCGGACGCCGAACCUAAUAGGCGGGGAAGUGGGCUCGGACUAUGGCUUCUGCACCUCAGGGCAAUAGUUAAAAUGCGAUUGACUAUUGACAUAAAACAUUGGCAUGUCCUACUCAUAGAAAUUCUGACCUUUAUAAUAGCUACGCUUUGCAUCUUCUCUGGCGCUUUCAUCUAUGGCAAAAAUUAUGAGCUGGUACCGAAAACCUAUAACCUUAGCAACAUAGUCAACGCUAAAGUCUUCUCGGAGCUUGUCAGCGACGACAAGGACAUCGAGGACAUAUACGAGCACUACAAGGAAUGCCUUCACUGGUAUGACGCCAAAGUGGAUUCUGUAGACAGAACUCAUGAUGGCUCUUACGCCCUGACGCAAAAUAACGAGUUCUCCCAGAACGUCAACAUGGCCUAUUUGUUUGGGGCAACGUUCGACAAGAAUUUGCUUACCGCCUGGUUCAAUAACAUUCCCUUGCACAUAGCGCCCAUUACCCUCAAUGUCAUCCACAAUGCGAUAGCCAGAAACUUUUUAGACGUGGAGGCGACCAUUGAUGUGACCCUGGAGCCGCUUGGCUUUCAAACAAAUAUCAACUUAUUUCCACCGGGAACCCAAUCCUUUGGCGUCACAAUUGCCUCCAUAAUAUCCUUUGUGCUAUGUUUUAUCACGACAGCGCAUGCUCUACUCAUCAUCCGAGAACGAUCUGGCCAUGUUAAGAAACAACAGUUCCUGGCCGGAGCCCGGCAGCUCAGCUAUUGGACAUUCACAAUCCUCUAUAACGUCGUCUGCCAGUUUAUGUUCAUCAUAGUCCUAGUGAUCAUGGUGAUCAUUUACCAACAUCCCCAAAGCGAUGUGGCUUUUAUCUUAAUGCUGCUGCUGGCUAUUGUGAUGGCUGGAUUAUUGAAGACGCUGGUAACGCAUUUGGUAGCCAGUCGUUGUCGGCAUCCCAUGUUCGCAUUCAUGGUGGUGUCCCUUAUUAGCUGCAUUGGACUUCUCAUGUUCGAAGAGAGCUACAGACAUACAAUCGAUGAAUUACCCAAGUGGCUGAUGAUAUUCCAUCAGUAUAUAAGCGCGUUAAUUAUUGUCAAGCUGUUCAACAAUUAUACGAACAAAUUGUACUGUUCUGAUAAAAUGGUGGCGUUCACCUCCAUUAAUGUCUAUAAGUGCCAGACAAAUCCCAACUGCUGCAUUGAGGAGGAGUACACCCACAAUAACCAUGGCAUAGUCUGGGAUUUCCUCGUUUUGGCGACGUUGAUCUCUGUAGCGAGUAUUCUGCUUUUUCUCUCGGAGUAUUACAAUUUGAUAGGCUUUGGCAAGUGCCAAUCAGCGUCAAAAAAGAAUAUGCAGCCAGCAAAUCAAACGUCUCACAAUAGUCAGGUUCGAAGCAAGAUAUCUGAUGAUCCAUCGGCUCUCAUAGAACGCGAGAAGAGCCCUAAUUUAUCGCCGGAGGAACGCAAAGAGCAAGCUCUGGUUGCCAUGGAUCUGGUCAACAUGUAUGGCAAGGUGAAGGUGCUCAAGGGCGCUAACCUUACGUUAGCCAAAGGCGAGUGCCUCAACAUCAACGGGCUAAACGAUUCGGGCAGAUCAACGCUCCUGAAGGUCAUAGUGCGCGAGGCGAAACUAAGCAGCGGCGAGAUAUGGAUUCGCGGCUACUCGGUGUCCCAAGACCGGAACAUGACCUAUCGCAUGGUGGGAUACGCUCCCCAGAGGGACAAUCUACACACCGAAUUAUCACCACAACAGAUGCUCUACAUCCAGGCUCUGUUCCACGGCCAUCCGAAGCAGGACGCCAGGAAGGUGGUCGACGCAUUGAUCAAGAUGCUCGGACUACACCAGUGCUUCAAGCGACCGUCCCGCUUCUGUACCACCGGCGAGGAGCGACGGCUGUCCUUCGCCUUCGCCAUUCUCAGUAAACCGGAACUCGUCUGCGUGGAUGGUGUUCCCGCGGGUCUGGACCCCGUUGCGAAGCGGAUCAUUCUGACGGUAACCACUAUUAUGCAAGCAAUGGGUUCCGCCUUCCUCUACACCAGCCUGCCUAUCCUGGACAUGGAGCGACUGUGUUGGAAACGGUCUGUCAUGUUCAACGGCGAAAUAUGGACGAUCCGUCCCAUUGAGAAUAAAGACCAUAAUUUUAGGAACGGUUACCAGCUGGAGGUUCGGUUUAAGCGCAAGGUCAAUCCCAAUCUAAGCUUGUCCCGUUCCACUUGGAAUCGGAUUAAUCACUUCCCCCUGUCGCCGCAUAGGAAGUUUAGCGCCUUCAUGGAGAUAAAGUUCCCCACCGCUGUGCUCAGUCAUGAGGAUGAAACCUCAAUGGUGUUUAAUAUUGAUCUGGAGUCGACAACGUUCUCGGCGAUCUUACAGACUAUUCGAAGAGAUGCAUUUGAAAUGAACAUUGAGGACUACUUCAUCUCUCGCAACAUACGUAUUACAAACUUUGCAGAUAGAUAAAUAGUGGAAUCUAUUAACAGGAUAUAUUAAGCAUCUGUGACACAUGUAAAUUAUUAAUUAAAUUAGUUAACCAAUCAAUACAUAAAAGCAAA